GCAGCAAUGGACGAUGCAAAGAGAUCUUUGCUGCUGUCCAGUGGUCAUCUGGAUUAUUAAGGAAACCAUGUUACGACGAGGUUCCCAUUACACCCUUAAGAGCAAGCUUACGGAAUAUAUGCUACCUUGGGCAUUCAAUCUGAACAGGCAAGAAAAUACAUAGAAUAAAUUGCUAAUUAUGAGACAGGAGUGGGAAAAUCCCUCUAUUAAUGCUGUAACAGUACCCUCCUCCUUCAGAAUCGUGUUACUGUAAACUUUUUCUUUGACAUCGUGUGAUGGAAUAACCUGUGUCUGGUAUCAACCUUCUUUCUACACAAUAAACAUCUAACGCUGCCUGAGCCUGCAUUCCGACAUACCCUGCAGUAUUAUACAAGGAAGGCGGUAUCUCUUUGCCCUCCCCUAUACCAAUCACUGCGACAGCUUUCUAGAAGAGGGGCUGGUUGUCGGAAGUUUUCCAUCGUCCCCGCCCCCCCCCCCUCCGUUUUCUCGGCGCCGGGCAGUUUCCGGACUGGAAGGAAGGAGACGCAGCUGCUGGGCAGCAGGGGGACUCGGAGGUAGUUCGAGCGGAGGGCUGAGCGAGCAGGAAUGGCGGAGCCUGACGAGAGCUCGGCCGUGAUGGUAACGGUCACGUACGGCAAUGAAAAGCAUAAUCUUCAGGUUGAUUCUCAAGAAGAUAGUCAACCAACAGUACAUGAUUUGGCUCUAUUAACUGAGCAAGUAACUGGAGUUCCAAUUUCUUUUCAGAAACUGAUAUAUAAGGGAAAAUCACUGAAAGAAAUGGAACAACCACUGUCAACACUUGGAGUGAAAAAUGGUUGUAAGGUCAUGCUGAUUGGAAAAAGGAAUAGUCCUGAGGAAGAGACUGAAUUAAAGAAAUUAAAAGUUUUGGAGAAAUCAGUGGAACAGCUAGCUAAAAAAAUAGAUGAAGUAAAUAAAGAGCUUAGAGAGAUUCAGAAAGGUUUUCUUACAAAGAAUAAUCAAACUGAAGCUCUUAGUCAGUUGGAUAAGCGGAUAAAAGGAACUGCUGAGCAAUUUAUGAAAAUUCUGGAACAAACAGAUGCUAUUGCACGUAUAGAGGGGAUGGAGGUAGGUUGUGAGAAUGCACAGAUGGCCACUCAAAACAUCACAAUUACAGAUUCUACCAGACAACUUCAAUGAUAGUAAACAGAAAAAGAAAGGGCUAGUGAAAAAAGUUCAGGCUUUUCUUGCACAAUGUGAUACAGUGGAAGGAAGUAUUGGUCAAGAACUGGAUAAACUACAAUCGAAGGAUAUGGUCCUUGCAGAAUGAAGUACUUUUAAGUAACUAGAAUAAAGAAUUGCUCUGUGAGCAGGAAGAA